CGCAUUCGACAGUUUGUCUUUUUCGAACGGUUAGAGUCUAACCUCGUGUUCAUGUUGUUGUUCCGCCAAUUAUUUUACUAGUAGAGAAUCUAUAUAAUUUGAACAAAAUGACUGAAGAGAAUACUGAAAUUGAUUGCGUAUUACGACCGAUGAAUUGUGAGAUUAAUUUGCUGUCGAGGUCUGAUGGUUCCACAAUGUUUAUGCAAGGCGAUACCGCUAUUAUCGCAGGUGUAAACGGCCCCAUGGAAGUAAGGAGCCAAAAAAUGGCAUACGAUAAAGUUUCCGUAGAAGUUACAUAUACACCUCUUAAAGGCCCAGCUAAGAUAGAUGACAGAUUAAUUGAAACGUAUAUAAGGGAGACUUGUGAAUCUGCUAUAUUGGUUUCAAUGCAUCCUAAUACCAUGGUAUGCAUUAAUUUGCAAGAGAUGCAAGAUUUUGGCGGGUUACUGGCUUGUGCUAUUAAUGCAUCAUGUCUGGCAUUAAUUAAUUCAGGACUUUCUAUGAAAUACACCAUUGCAGCUAUAAAUUGCAUGAUAGAAAAAGAAACAGGAAAAGUAAUUAUAGAUCCCGAUAGCACACAAUUAAAGAAUGCAAAGGCAGCUCCUUACGAGCGCAAGAAAAUUACGAGCGCAAGAAAAAUCUUGCGCCUAUUCGCCGGCGAUAAAAGGAGUGCGUAUCUCCUUUUUCGAUCUCUGGUUAGAGAGAUCGAUUCAGAAAAUGGCCAGGAGCAACGAAAGGUAAGUCUAACUGGCCCGAAGAAUGGAUAUAGGCUACGUAAAAUAGAUGCACCAACCGAUCGUUUUACCAUGGCAUCAAAAAGUGAAUCUGGCUAUGUAGUUCCGCCGGCUUUAAAAUGA